CAGAGGGCGGAAGCUCCCAAGUCAUAUGAUCGAUUCGUGAUAGCUCGCCGUUCUCUACUCGCUCGUCGCAAAGAUGGCCAGCCAGACGCAGGGUAUCCAGCAGCUUCUGGCCGCUGAGAAGCGCGCUGCGGAGAAGGUCUCGGACGCCAGGAAACGUAAAGCACGUCGUCUAAAACAGGCCAAGGAGGAAGCUCAGGAUGAGAUCGAGAAGUAUCGACAGGAGCGAGAAAGGCAAUUCCGCGAAUUUGAGGCCAAGCAUAUGGGUUCCAAGGAGGACGUAGCUGCGCGUAUCGAGGCGGACACGCGACUCAAGAUAGAAGACAUGAAUCAGGCCGUUUCUGUGCACAAAAGUACAGUCAUGCUUAAAAUCCUGGACUUGGUGUACGAUAUCAAGCCGGAACUGCACGGCAAUUACCGCAUUGAGGUCUAAGGAUCACAAGAAUUGCGUCUAACAGCUAUCUAUAAAUAUGGUACAUCUUACGCUAUAAAUGUACAUUGGAUAUUACCGUUCACUUGUAUUGUAUCUCUUAAUAUGUAUUUAUCGCUGUUAUAUCAUGUAACAUGUUAUGUUUUAUUGAAGGAACUGUACACAAUGUAACUGUGUAGGCAGCGAUACUCAAACUAACAUUGCUAGAAUCUUUCUUUCCCCCGCAGUUGCUACACGACAAUAAAUGUAACCGUACUGUUAUUAUCGCUGAGCUUUUCACCGGCACGUAUUCGGGCAGUUUGAGAAUUGCUGUAAUGUAGUUGCAUCGUGCACAAGGAGUAAUACACUAAAACGGAGUACCAGGUCGGUCCGGUGCGCCAAGGCCUAGGCGCAUCGGGACGACGUACGUACGCACGGUUGUUAAGAUUUAGAUACGGCUAGCGCCGAAGGCUAUCUAGGGUGGUGGUAACGAAUUUUAUGUCGUUAAAUGUAUGUCAUUAGAUGUCAUUCCAUGAUUCUGUCGCAUCGAGGACGCGAAACGUAACGAGAUUCUCUCCUACAGCCUCUCGCGGUUCACGGACAAGCUCCCAGUCGACGGUGAACCACGCGACGAUGUAGCAACAUUUUAAUUUUCUCGCUCCUUUAUCUUUUAAAGCCUGUUGAUAUUACGAAGUGGAUAGCUUCACAUAUCUAUAUCCCGUCUCUGUAAGCUGGUUGGUUGUCUGUACGAUAUUAGUGUCGAAAAUAUAAAGGAAAAGAAGAGGACAAAACCC